GUGCAUCCAAACCAAAUGAAAAAAAUGCUAAUGAUCUCGAAACCCACCCUUCUUUCUUUGUCGUCGGAGGCAAACUGUUUGAGUUUUGAGCGAGCCUUGACAAUCGCAAAGCCAAGCCAGUAUGUAGAUAAUUACAGCCUUUAAACUUGCACGGUCCCUAGUAAGGGCGAAAACCCAUUGAAAUUAAGCACCAACCAAAAAUUUAGAGAUGCAUCGAAUUUGCCAAGAAACAUUUGGGCUAUCAACGUUUGAGCAGGCAAAUUAUUGAAAACAUUUCAAAGUAAACAACAAGGAAAUAUACCAAGCAUGACAAGUACAGCAGCCUGGACCACUGAAACGACAGAGAAAAUCAAAUUUACCAAACUGUGCAGGCUUCUUUAUGAUGGAGGAACAAAAGCUUUAAGGUCAGUUUUUGAUGUUCAAUGUCCACCUCCAUCUUUGGUAGCAUCACUCAAUUCUAAUAAAUCCACAUUAUUGACACUCAAGAAGCCAAGGGGAAAAGUACUCAAUGAUGAUCAGUGGGAUAAACUCUAUCCUCCUCCAGGUGGUGCAAGUCCUAAAUCGGAAGACUUUGACAUUACUCUGCUGUUUGUUCUUCUGAGGAAUAUUUGUCCUAGACUCGCUGCACCACUUACAGGAUGGGAUGAACCACCGAAUACAGCAGAUAAUAGUCUUGGAGCAAACCUCGUCAGGAUAAAGGUCUACAGGAACAAGGUCAUUGCUCACAGCUCCAGUGCAGAUAUUGAGGAAACUCAAUUUACAAAAUACUGGGAUGAGACUUCAAAUGCUCUAGUGUCGCUUGGACUCAAGAAAGACGACAUUGAUAAACUUAAGUCGUCUCCUCUAGGAGAAGAAGAUUAUAAUCGACUACUAAAAGAAUGGGCCAAGGCAGAUGAAGACAUCAAAUCUCAACUGGAAUCAAUCAAGUCCGACACAGCUGCGAUAAAACGCACUCUUGAAGAAAUUAGCAAUGAGAAAGAGAUAAAAGUUAGGAGAGAUAGUCCAAUUAAUAAGCUAGUCUUCUCUGACUUCAGUAGUGUAGUUAAAAAAUUAGUGGGGUCUUAUCAUCCUAAUACACGACAGUGGAUCUUUGAGGAAGUCAGGUCUUACCUCGAAAGAGAGAGCUCUAAAUCUAUAAUGGUAGUUAUUGAAGCGGGACCAGGAAUGGGUAAAUCUGUUGUGGCUGCAAAAAUAUGUGACAUGUACAAAAAAUCAGAAGGUCAACGAAUCGUCAAAGGAGCAUGUUAUUUUUUUAAGCACAACAAUGCAUUACGAAAUGAUCCAAGCAAAAUGCUGCAGUCCAUUGCAAGGCAGCUUUGUGUGUCAGUCCCUGGUUAUGAAGAUGCUUUAGAAAGAAACAUCCAACCAACUGCAGACAAAAUCCCCCAGCUGGGAUGCAGAGAACUGUUUACUUUGCUUUUAGAAGAGCCCUGUUCCAAGGUUAAUUCAGAGGAUACUGUAGUUGUUGUGAUUGAUGCCCUUGACGAAUGCAAUAACAUGAAGAAUGAAUUGUGUAAGGCGUUGGUCGAGGGAAUACCACAUUUACCAUCAUGGAUAAGAUUUGUCAUUACGACAAGACCACCUCCUAGUAUUUCGUCUUUUCGGACAAAUUCUCACAUCUACAUCAAACCAGAAGAUGCCAACAAUAAAAAAGAUCUUAAAGGUUUCAUCGAGGACAAGCUGAAAGAUCUGAAGCAAGAUUCUUCUACUGUGACUGCAGACCAUAUCAAGCAUCUUGUUGAUACGACAGAAG